AUGUGGGGGGGCUAUCCUCCCCCUGCCUCUCGGCAGGAGGGGGGCAGCCCCUCCGCCCGUAAUGGGCCAGCGCGCCUCUUGCCCAUCCCGGGACCCUCAGAGGGCCCAGGAAAGCAUGUCAGGGUCAACAAUGCCCUCUCAGAGCCCCGGACCAUCAGUACAGGAGCUCCCCAGGGUUGUGUGAGCUCCCCGGUCUUCUUCACAUUGUACACAAACGACUGUACGAGAAUCCACCCGGAGAACUAUAUCAUCAAAUUCUCAGAUGAUACAGCCAUCCUUGGCUUGAUGCACAAAGGCAGCAGUUCAUCGGCUUAUCACUCUGAAAUAGAGAGAUUUGUGCAGUGGUGUGAUUUUAACCAUCUGGUGCUGAAUGUGAAGAAGACUGAGGAGAUGGUGUGGGACCCAAAGGCAGUGGGUGACCUUAGGCCGGUGGUUAUCCACAAUGAACCCAUAACUCAGCGAGACGGAGGGAACAGGUGUCACAUCUUUACCUGGGAUCCUGCAAGGAACAUCUUAAGGGCAAAAAUACCAUUGGUAACAUCUGAGACUAUAACUACACAAGACCGUGGAACUGAGCAUCCUUUUGUUUUUCACCGUAUUGCACUGAUCGUUGGAACUGCAGAGAAAAGCCAUGGACAAAAGAAUGGUUUUCCUCACUGCCCUGCUAGUGACGCUGUCCUGGAUGUCAGUGGGCACCUACGCUCAGACAGCAGCUGCGACAACAGCAGCGACAACAGCAGCAGCAGCGACAACAACAGCAGCAGCAGCGACAGCAGCAGCAGCGACAACAGCAGCAGCGACAAAAGCUGCAGCGACAAAAGCAGCGACAACAGCUGCAGCUACAACAAAACCAGCAGCGGCUACAACAAAACCAGCAGGGGCUACAACAAAACCAACAGCGGCUACAACAAAACCAGCAGGGGCUACAACAAAAGGGGCUACAACAAAACCAGCAGGGGCUACAACAAAAGGGGCUACAACAAAACCAACAGCGGCUACAACAACAGGGGCUACAACAAAACCAACAGCGGCUACAACAAAAGGGGCUACAACAAAACCAGCAGGGGCUACAACAAAAGGGGCUACAACAAAACCAACAGCGGCUACAACAAAAGGGGCUACAACAAAACCAGCAGGGGCUACAGCAAAACCAGCAGGGGCUACAACAAAACCAACAGCGGCUACAGCAAAACCAGCAGGGGCUACAACAAAACCAACAGCGGCUACAGCAAAACCAGCAGGGGCUACAGCAAAACCAGCAGGGGCUACAGCAAAACCAGCAGGGGCUACAACAAAACCAACAGCGGCUACAGCAAAACCAGCAGGGGCUACAACAAAACCAGCAGGGGCUACAACAAAAGGGGCUACAACAAAACCAGUAGUGGUUACAACAAAACCAGCAGCGGCUACAACAAAACCAGCAGCAACUAGCCAUGCCAUUACAAUCCAGCAAUCUCUGACCCAAGCUCUGCUGAUCACUGUUGGUGUGCUUGUUCUGACCGUGCUCUGAGGAAACUGACAAGUCCAAGAGUCAAGACAAGACAACCAUUUUCCGUCUUAGCGUGCUACUGAAUAUAAUCAUCUCUCACGAAAAAGCAGUUUCCAACAUUUGAAUCUGAGCCUUUGGCAGUAUCUACAUUGUUGGUAUUAGGCCUAUUUAAAAAUGAUUGAUCUAACUUAACUUAUUAUUUUUUUUUUUAUUCAGGGAAAAUUUAGAAUGUGAAAAGGCUACUAAACGUAUAUGAAAAUAAUAUGUAUUUUUAAAUCUAAUUUAGUCAACCAAGGUAUCAAACACCUACCUUUGUUUUUGAUAAAUGUGUUGCAAAGAGGAUAUCUGAUUUAAAAGUAGUUAAAGAGAUAACUAAUAUUUCCGGAUGAGACCCCAUACAUAGACCUUCAUCUAGUUAGCCUUUGAAAACGUUAUAUUAUCACUCUAUAAAGCUAAUAGUAUCGUAGCCUAGCAACACUAGCUAAUCAAUGGGGUAAUCAACCGGUGUUCGGUAGCUAACAUUAGCUUAGUUAGCGCAACAAGCUAGUAACAGUUGACAGGUUAAGUGGUGAAACUGGAAUACAUUAGUUGAUAAUUAAACAUGUGUAUACACGUCAGGCCUACACAUUUAAGCUACACAACCAUCGUAACUUCAGCCAGGAGUUGUUCAAUAAUAUACAUUAGGGUACACUGCUGCUAACGUUACUUUACGAUAGAUAGCCUUACUUCAUACCUUCUUCACAUGAUUUUCUGUCUGAGAACAAAAAUACAAACGAAGCAAGUCAUUUGAAAACACUUCCCUGUGUUUUUAACAUACUUUCAGCAUACAAACUGAAAGAACACAUAUUAUGUGGGCUGAACAAUCUUCUCUUUAUUAGUCCAAUGUUCACGCAUCACAAGUUGCUAUUUUUAAUUCAAAACAAAGAUGGCGGCCGGAAGUGACUUAGGUCUAUAUCAUCUUCUUUUCUUUUUCUUCUCCUUUAGUCAAGAAUAUAUAUAUGUACAUUGAACAGUAUACACAUAAAACAUUGACAUCAGGGAUACAAAGGUAAAUAUGCAGAAUAAAAUUAAUAUGAAAAUAUAAAGUAAUAAGGAAAAAUAAAUAUAUAAUAUAAAUAUAAAGAAAAUAUCGAUACAAAAAGAUGUAACAUUUCAAGUAAAAUAUUUAUCAAAUACA